CCACCAAAGAAAUUUUUGGAAGCAUGCCCCAUGUUGGGUAAACCUUUAUUUUCCGAAAUAAUUGAUAAUUGGCGUUAUGUUGCUUUAGAGAUAUUUCAAUCCAAUACUGCAGCUUCAUCAUGGAGAUCAGAUAAUGCGUUAGCCAUAUUGAAAGAAAUAUAUACCUAUUUAAAUAAUAUGCUACAAUCGGAUAAGGAAGAGAAUAAGGACAAUAUAAAUUCAUUGAAAAAAUUUGUAAAUGGUUUACCCAACAUGGGGCAUGCUUCCAAAAAUUUCUUUGGUGGAUCAACAGUUCCAUCAAAUAAAGGACACUUGGUCCAACAAAG